AUGCCUGCCGCCGACGUUGCCUCCGUUCCCGCCGUCUCGGCCAAGGAGACCGCUCAGUCGGUUGCCGUCCUUGAGGACCUCAUCAAGAACCUCAACAUCUCCACCAGCCAGGAUGAGGUGAACGCUGCCGCUGGCAACAUCGCUUCUCUCUUCGGUGGUCCCAUCCCCGAGCAGACUCUGCCCCUCAAGGCCGUCGAGUCUUUCAAGAAGCAGCUCGGCAACAAGAAGGAUGCCACCGCCCGUGAGCGCGCCCUGGAGGCCAUCCGCGCCAUUGCUUCCCACUCCAGCGUCGCCCCCGGUGUCGAGCCCCACCUCCUCGCCCUCCUGGGCCCCGUCCUCGCCGCCGUUGGUGACAAGAUGAUCCCUGUCAAGAACGUUGCUCAGGCUACUGCCAUUGCCAUUGUCAAGGGUCUCAACCCCAACGCUGUCAAGGCCGCUCUCCCUCCUAUCCUCGACUCUCUGGCCAAUGCCCAGAAGUGGGCUGAGAAGAUGACCGCUCUCGAGUGUCUGGAGACUCUCGUUGAGACCGCCCCCGCUCAGCUCUCCUUCCGUGUGCCCGACCUGAUUCCCGUCGUCUCCGAGGCCAUGUGGGACACCAAGAACGAGGUCAAGAAGGCCGCCUACGGCACCAUGGAGAAGGUCUGCGGUCUUAUCGUCAACAAGGAUAUCGAGCGUUUCAUUCCCGAGCUCAUCAAGUGUAUCUCCAAGCCCGAGAACGUCCCCGAGACCGUUCACCUCUUGGGUGCCACCACUUUCGUUUCCGAUGUCACCGGCCCUACCUUGGCUAUCAUGGUUCCCUUGCUUGACCGUGGUCUCGUUGAGCGUGAGACCCCCAUCAAGCGUAAGUCCGCUGUCAUUGUCGACAACAUGUGCAAGCUCGUCGAGGACCCUCAGAUCGUCGCUCCUUUCUUGCCCAAGUUGAUUCCUCGUCUGGAGAAGAACCACGAGACUCUUGCCGACCCCGAGGCCCGUGAGAAGACCAAGCAGGCCUUGGAUACCAUCUGCCGUGUCGGUGAUGUCAAGAACGGCAAGAUCCCCGAGAUCUCCCAUGCCGGUGACAUCUCUACUGUUUCCGCUAUCCUCAAGGAUAUCCUUGCUCCCAAGUACAAGGCCCAGGCUGAGCAGUCCGAGGUCACCAUUGAGUUCAUCUCCGCCAUUGCCGGUCAGCUCGUCGACGAGAAGGACGCCGAUGUUGCCAGCUGGACCCAGAACGCUCUCCCCUACAUCACCGCCCUUGUUGGUGAGGCUGAUGCCAAGUCCAUUGCUGAGACUCUCCGCAAGAAGGCUUCUCCUGACGCUGCUGAGGCUGAUGCCAUCCCCUCGGACGAGGAGGAAGGUGAGGACCUUUGCAACUGCACCUUCUCUCUGGCCUAUGGUGCCAAGAUUCUGCUUAACCAAACCCGUCUCCGCUUGAAGCGUGGUCAGCGUUACGGUCUCCUCGGUCCCAACGGUACCGGUAAGACCACUCUCAUGCGUGCCAUCAACAACGAGCAGCUCGAGGGUUUCCCCAAGAAGGAUGAGGUCAAGACCGUGUUCGUUGAGCACGAUUUGGACGCUGCCGAUACUGAGAAGACUGUUAUCGGCUGGACCAUGCAGAAGCUCCAGGAGGUUGGUCUCGAGCCCAAGCAGGCCGAUGUCGAGGCCAAGCUCGAGGAGUUCGGUUUCCUCCGUGAGCAGUUCGAGGGUCCCAUCACCGCCCUUUCUGGUGGUUGGAAGAUGAAGUUGGCUCUUGCCCGUGCUGUGUUCGAGGAGCCCGACAUUCUCUUGCUCGACGAGCCUACCAACCACUUGGACGUCAAGAACGUUGCCUGGUUGGAGAACUACCUCAAGACCUCUCCUUGCACUUCCAUCAUGGUCUCCCACGACAGCAAGUUCUUGGACAACGUUAUCCAGCACGUCGUUCACUACGAGCGUAACUUCAAGCUCAAGCGUUACCGUGGUACCCUGAGUGAGUUCGUCCAGAAGGUUCCUUCUGCUCGCUCUUACUACGAGCUCGGUGCUUCCGAGUUGGAGUUUAAGUUCCCCGAGCCCGGUUUCCUUGAGGGUGUCAAGACCAAGGCCAAGGCCAUCGUCCGUGUCACCAACAUGUCCUUCCAGUACCCUGGAACUCCCCGCCCCCAGAUCACCGACAUCUCCUUCCAGGUGUCUCUGGGCUCUCGUAUUGCCGUCAUUGGUCCCAACGGUGCUGGUAAAUCUACCCUGGUCAACGUCUUGACCGGUGAGUUGAUCCCCACCUCCGGUGAGGUUUACCAGCACGAGAACAUCCGUAUUGCCUACAUUAAGCAGCACGCUUUCGCUCACAUUGACCACCACCUCGACUUGACUCCCUCCGAGUACAUCCAGUGGCGUUUCCAGACUGGUGAGGACCGUGAGACCAUGGACCGUGCCAACAAGAUCGUCACCGAUGAGGAUGAGAAGGCUAUGGACAAGAUCUACAUGAUCGAGGGUACUCCCCGUCGUGUCAUUGGUAUCCACUCUCGUCGUAAGUUCAAGAACAGCUACGAGUACGAGUGUUCGUUCAGCUUGGGAGACAACAUUGGCAUGAAGAGUGAGAAGUGGACUCCCAUGAUGACCAGCGACAACGCCUGGAUUCCCCGUUCCGAGAUCCAGGUCUCCCACGCCAAGAUGGUUGCCGAUAUCGAUCAGAAGGAGGCUCUUGCCAGCGGUCAGUUCCGUCCUCUGGUCCGCAAGGAGAUUGAACAGCACUGCUCCAUGUUCGGUCUCGACGCUGAGUUGGUUUCCCACUCCCGUAUGCGCGGUCUGUCCGGUGGUCAGCGUGUCAAGGUCGUCCUUGCCGCUUGCUCGUGGCAGCGCCCCCACGUCAUCGUUCUUGACGAGCCUACUAACUACCUUGACCGUGACUCUCUUGGUGCUCUGUCUAAGGCCAUUAAGAGCUUCGAGGGUGGUGUCGUUAUCAUUACUCACUCUCGUGAGUUCACUGAGAACCUCACCGAGGAAGUGUGGGCUGUCGUCGACGGAAAGAUGACUCCCUCCGGUCACAACUGGGUUCAGGGACAAGGAUCUGGACCUCGUCUGGCUGGUAAAGAACAGGCUACUGAACACGUUGAUGCUAUGGGCAACAAAACUGUUGUCGAGCAGAAGAAGAAGCUCACUGCCUCCGAACUCAGGAAAAAGAAGAAGGAUCGCAUGGCCAGACGCAAGCGCGGUGAAGAGGUUUUCUCUGAUGAGGAGUUGUAG